AAAAUUCUGUUUGAAAAUAUUUUUUUUAAACUAUAUUUUUUAAGUAUUUAUAUAUAUAUUUAUUAUAAUCUUAAAUUUCACAUUUCAAAAACCUUACCAUAUCUCUCAACUCUAAACACUAAAACUACAUUAGUUAAUCUUAAUGGUAUCAAUAUUUUUUACCUUUCGUUAAAAAUGAGAGUAAAAAUGGUUAGUGUAAACAUGAAAGAUGAAAGAUGGUACUAUGAAUAUGAUAUUUCUAGCAAUUUUUCACAUAUAAAUAAAACCAUACAUGUUCUCCAGCAUAAUGUUUUAUCGUCAUCUCUAUCAGUGAAGGCCUAAGACCAACUCUUGUGGCUAUAUAAUGGUGAAGCUACUAAAAGUGACGGAAAACGUGACUUUAUCACUCAAUGCAGUUUACUGAUGCAAGACAAAACGCACAUGAUUCAUAAAACUGAUUGUCUAUACUGACCUGAGACUUUCUCGAGAAUUUGGCUAAGAAAAUUUGAAAACAGCUUAAACAAGGCUUGAAGAACCUGAAGAAACUCAAGAUUCAGAACAUCAACUACAAAGGGAAAAUUCAAGAAAAGCAACCGACCAGUUCUAUCGACCAUUACAUCCCACGUCCUUCAUUUUAAACUGCUUAUUCGUUUCCUCUGUAAGACAAUUCAGAACUGUGGAACUGUUCUCGGUGAUUUAUCCCGUGAUUUACAUAGCGUCAACAAUCAAACAUAUAUGAGUAGCAUGAUCACACUUCCAUUAUCCUAUUUCUACUAGAUGAUUCAUGUCUUCGUUAAAAAAAGAAAUGAUAUGUCAUGGCAAAUUCAGUUUCUUAAUCAUUCUCUCUGAAACUCUGUAAACCAAGCUCGCCGCUGAUUCUCCCUUCGUCGACGGUGCUCCGGCGCGUCGCCCAUCACGAACGCCAGUUCUGGUCUCGUCUACUCUCAAGGAUCCUAUCUCACUAGUCUUCUUCCUCUCUCGUUCUUUUCUGCCAUGGAUCUCAAACCUCCAUUAACAAAAGUAAUAGGUGACUCUUCUCAUUCUUCAAUCUCUGAUUCCUCGAUGUCUGUUCAGCGCACUGUCUCACCGGAUCCUCGUUGGCCAUCCAAGUUCCGCUGGUCAGUAGAGUCUCCACCGCCGCCGCCGACAUCGUCAAUUCCAUGUACGGUCUCAACUGAAAAAGAAAUUUCUGCUGAUUCAGAGCUGUUGUCUACUCCUCCAGUUCCAGUAGCGAGUGAUGGUAAAGCUGAUAUAAGUUAUCAACUAGAUGUCGUCGAUUUGGUGUCGAAUCCCUUGGAUUCAGAUGAAACCUUAACCCAAAAAUUAGGGAAAACCGAUUCUAGUGGAGAAGAUGAACCGGCAGCUAUCGGAGAUGGCGUCUCCUUACCGGAAAUCGCUUGCCAGACAGAAGAUAGUGCUGGUACGAACGCUCCACAGAUGUCACCACAUCAAUCAACUGGUCUUCCCUCAAUAACCAUUCCCUCCCCCGAGAUAUCUGUUGAUCCUCAAGUUACUUUUGUUCCUUCAAUCGGAGCUUGGGCCAAGCCUCUCGCUUUUGCACCACCGGCAACUCCCCCGUCACCGGCAACACCAAGUGACCUAGAUCCGCAGCACCUUAAUACUCUCCUUGAUUCUUUUUGGCCAACAUUGACUGAUGGUCUUGGGCAAAGCCAGAAGAAAAGAAACUUCCCAACUACAGUCAAAGAGUUUCCUCGUAUGCCUGUCCAGAAGGUUCCGGUUCCUGAGCUUAAGGAUGAUGGAACACUAAGGUUUCCAUGGGCUGCAAGAAUGGAUCCUUCUACCAGAAACCUUUAUCGAGCAGCCAAGCCAACCUUUCGGCUCGAUGGAACUCCCCAGGUCACAAUUCCUUCUCAGGUACUUCAUUUAGGACCAGAAAAUAAAAAGGAAUACAUCAUUGGCCAGUUUCAUCGCUGUUCCCUUCCCCCAGGAGGUUUAAUCCAUGCGGUAGUGAAUAGAUUAUGGGGAAGAAGUUGUAGAAUAGGCUGCCGUAAGCUGAGUGAAUCCACUUACAUGUUUCACAUCCCUCAUGAUGCUACUCGACAAUGGGUAACUCAACGAGCUGUAUGGCAUGUUGAUGACUGUUUGUUAUUUGUUUCGUCUUGGAAACCAGUUAACUCAUUCAAAGUCCCUGAGGUUUCAACAAUCCCAGUGUGGGUAAUUCUUAAAAAUGUCCCGGAUAGUUGCUACUCAAGAUUAGGUCUCAGCCAUGUAGCAUCUGGACUUGGGGAACCUAUGCAAACGCAUAAACCUCGUCUUGAUCCGACUUGUUUGGGUGAAGCCAAGUUGCUCGUUGAAGUAGAGCUUGACAAACCAUUUCCAAAGCAAAUUGCCUUGGAUGACAAACAAGGUAAUAUUUUCUUGGUGGAUGUUGAGUAUACAUGGAUUCCAAGUGUUUGUGGUAGAUGUGGACACUUAGGACACAAAGAAAAAAGAUGUUUACUUCCAGUUGUUCCCUCUGUUGUGGAAACAACCUCAAUUGAAGAACCACAAGGUGAAUUGGGAAAGGUACUAACUCAGUCUGUUGUUACCUCAGAAUUGGAGUUACAAGCUAAAAAUUCAGAGAUAGAUUUGGUCUCAGCUGAAGAAGCACAAGUUGAACCUUCUGUACAGAUUUUAGAAUCUGCUAUAGAAAGAGACACUGAUUUGCACUCACAAAUGAGUGUAGAGCCGAAGGAUCUCUCUACUCCAGCAAACAACUUCACUCACUCUAAGGUACAUAUAGCUAAUGGCUCCAACUCUCUUUUCAUUUCAUCACCAUUAGCAGACACACAGUCUGCUCCAACUGAAACUAUUAUUAUGGAAGCAAUUCCAUCACCUGUUAUUGUCUUCGAAACCAACUUGGUUCCAAAGGACAAUUCAUUGGCCUCUUCACAUUCUCCUGAACAUGGCAGUCCCUUUUCCAAUCAAAUUGACUAUAAUGAGCAAGAUGAUGGAGAUGGGUUUAUGAGUGAUGCUACGGCAAACCUCACCAUGUCACGAGGUGGAAGGUUAAUAAAACCACUUCAAAAAUUUCAAGAUAUGGAAUGGAAAACGGUUAGAGGAAGAGGUAAACAAGGUCGUCGAGGCCGCGGAUACUACUGUCCAUCUUCUUAGUACUUCCAUCUUUUUCUUGUUUCACUAAGCUUAUGUAUCAUAAGUUCUCUCUUUUGUGAGCUAUUGCUUGGUUGAUUAUGAGGCAUGUCUCAUCAUAUUUUCUUAAACUUUAUGGUUGAAAAACCAUACAAUGUAUGUUCCUCUGUUUUUAAAUUUGAAAGCCUUUUUACAAAAAAAAAAAAAAAAAAAAAAAAAA